AUGACGGAACUAUGCGAGAAAAUCAUGAAAGCCAUUCUUGCCAGCUUCAGUGACGAUCUUCAUCACAAAUAUUACGAAUCUGAAUUCGGAAACUGCCAUGGAUACUUCAGGAUCAACAACUACACAAUCCCCUUGAAAGAAGAUCAAGAACAAGGUGAACAAGAUGAAGAUGAAGAUGUGGAAGGGCUAGGAAUGCACACUGACAUGAGCUGCAUCACAAUCGUCGAUCAAGACGACAUUGGAGGUCUUCAGGUUCGAUCCAGAGAUGGGAUUGGUCUGAUGGAUAUAAACCCUAAACCCGAAGCUCUAGUGGUCAACGUUGGAGAUCUAUUGCAUGCUUGGACCAACGGACGGCUGAGAUCGUCCCAACACAGAGUUGUAUUGAAACGACGUGGUUUCGUCGGUAAUAGAUUCUCCCUCGCUUUCUUCUGGUGUUUUGACGAUGGCAAAGCCGUGUUUGCCCCUGAAGAAAUCGUGGGAGGUUGUACGAGUAUGAGGUUAUUUCGGUCAUUUGAGUGUGGGGAUUAUAUGAGGUUUAGGGAGAGUAAUGAGACAGGGAAGUUCGAGAAGGUUGGUCACACGGUCGAAGACUUUGCAGGAAUUGAAAACUGUAACUAA